ACACUUAUACGUUCCAUUCAUAAAUCGACCACAUAACCUCUCUGCUUGAUUUUGUUUUGACAGCUCGUGUAUAAUAUUUUUUCCGUUUUUCUAAUCCGAGAUACGAUUGUGAUCAAUCAUGAAUAUCAUUUUCCGUCCGUUGAAAAGCAUGUAAACGCACAAUGGAAUAAUGUUUAUUUCUUGUUGUAUAAUAUUUCGUAAAAUAUGUCCGCAAUUAUAGAUGACAAGGUUGUCGCAGGUGCGAAGAGUUCAAAUACUGUGAAGGAAGAUCCGAUAGUAGCAUUAACUGAAAGAGUUGAAGCUUUGUAUCUCUUUCGAGAUCAGUAUUUCGAAACUCAUUCCAUCAAUGAAGCAAUAAACAGACGCAAUGACGUUGAGAAAGAGAUGAAGGAUGCUCUGAGCAAGUUCGACGAGUGCAAGGGAUACGAGAUCGAUGGCUCGCGUGCUAAAUAUUAUUAUCUAAAGGGAAGAGCUCUGAAUGUUAUGGAUCGCUUUAGUUCGCAGGCGGAAGAACUUUUAAGCAAAGCUGUGAAACUAGAGCCUAAUUUAAUAGAAGCGUGGAACGAAUUAGGGGAAUGUUAUUGGAAAAAUAAUGAUAUAAAACAAGCAAAAAAUUGUUUCGUCGGUGCUCUGCAAUAUGAUAGAAAUAAAGUGUCUUUACGAAAUUUGUCAAUGGUACUUAGACAAGAAGCGUCACCAUCUGUUGCACAACGAAUAAAAAAUAUUCAGGAAGGAAUGGAAUAUGCGAAAGAGGCUGUAAAGCUUGAUACAUCUGAUGGAGCCUCAUGGGUCAUAUUAGGAAAUAGUUACUUGGCUUCCUUUUUCACAAUAGCACAAAGUCCAGCCACCUUGCGUCUUUGCAUGUCAGCAUAUAUGCAAGCAGAAAAAGAUAUGGUUGCAAAAAGUUUUCCUCAUUUAUUUUAUAACAAGGCGAUAGUUUUAAAAUAUCAAGAAGAAUAUGAUUUGGCAUUACAAGCGUUUGAACGUGCGAUAGCACUGGACCCUUUGUGGAAACAACCGGACUACAAACGAGACGAUUUACUACAAUAUCUUAAAAAUAUACAAACCUCAAUUAACAAUAAUGGAAAUAUGAAACCGAAACAAUUACACCGAUUGAUACGGGCAUUGGAUGUUAAACACUUAGGACCUUACAAAGAAGGAUCGUACACAUGUGGAGGAACAACUACGAAAUUAAGUCUAAUACCAUUAAAAGAAUUGGUUCUUGGAGUAAACACAGAAAAAGUUAUAUUUGGUAAAGUAGUUUGUUGGAUGCAAGAUUCAGAUUGUGUCCCAUUCACAUUUUGUCUCGUGGACGAACACAAGACCUGUAUUAUUGUUACUGUAUAUAAUUUAGCUAAAGGCCGAGGAGUCACGGUCGGGGAUUCUGUUGGGAUACCCGAACCAUUCGUAUUACAUCACAAGUUCUCGUACAUGGAUAACAAUUUCGAUUUCAAAUCUAUUCGCGUUGAAACCCCAGCUGUACUUGUGAUUAACGGGAAAAAGUUGGAUCGAGAACAGCAAGUCGGUGCAAAUCUGCAAACUUUUAAACAGCCGGAUUAAGUCUGAUAAACAAUUUAUGUUGACUGAAUGUAUUAGAUUGUAUAAUUGUAGGUGAUUUUUCACUGUAUCCUUUUAUUUUGUUUUAAUAACACCAGAGGUGAUAACAAUCGAAACUCAUUAGCAUAUUUAAUAGUUGUUUAAGUAUAUUGUGAUAAAUGAAUUUUUUAAAAUGAUAUAUUUUGAACUGUUAAAAAUAUCGGCAAUCAAAACUAGUACUCUAGAAUACACAUCGUACAAUGUCAUUUUUGUAACAAUGUACAAAAAACAAUAUCCACAAAUAUGCACACUUAAGCCGUCGCGUUUAUAAAUUGUUUAGUUCAUAAAUUUCACACAAAAGAAGUACUGGCACAGUUUUUUAGUGCAGUAGAAAUUGUAAACUUAAAAAAAUAGUAAACUUAUUGUCUGCCAAUUUAUAGAGCUUUAAAACUUCGGCUACACAUUUUCUACAUUUUAAUUCGUAACUGUAAAGUUUCGUACUAUUUGUACAAAUAUUGUUUAAUAAAACUUGUCACAAAUACAUUUGUGUGUAAAAAUAAUUAAUAGAAAAUAAAAGAUUCUACAAUAGUUUUGUUUGAAUAUAUGUAUAUAAUUAUACACAUUAUCAGCCAUAUUGAUUAGUGUACUGAAUAGCGUAAUAUGCUUGUAAUAGCUUUUAAAUAAUGUAAUGUGGUUGUAAUAUCUUUUUUCUCUUACAUAUCACGACGAAAUAAAAAAUUAUUUGUUCCGAACAUUUACAACUCAAAAUGUUAAAGCAGAACAAAGAUUAUUGAAUACAGAGAAUAUCUGUUUGUUGUCUAUAAUAAAGAGAGAAGAUAAAUUUACAUAACAAUAGCGAUGUGGCAUUUUGUAAACACUUUUUCGAGUCUGUAUCUUUAUUGUAUAUAUUGAAAAAAAUAUUUUGUGUAUUACGUUUUCGGAACUUAUUCUACUGGACAAGAUAUACUUUUCAUUUAGAGAUAUAUAUAAAUCUUGUGUAUAUAUAUGUAUGAAUUUAAAAUAUCGUAUUAUAUUUUUUGCUCUCUCUCUCUCUCUCUCUCUCUCUCUCUACACACAAGGUCGCAGUUAUAAUCGUUGCAAUCCUUUCGAAAAAAAAAAGAGGAAUGCUCUCUGUUCAAUCUAUAUUUUUCCAUAGAAAAGUGAAAUUGCGCAUAUAAAAAGAUCUGAUUAAAUUGUAUGUGUGUCUAAAAUAUACUUCUUUUUGUACAUCAGUAACUCCACGCCGAGUAGAGAAUCUA